UCGCUCGCUCGAUCUCCCCCGCGGAGCGCCUUUCUCUCCGACCCGUUCCUCUCUGGUGUGCAAGCGGACUGAAGCCCGGGGUGUGUCGGGCGGGGAGUGACGGAGCGAGCGAGUGCGCCUUGGAAAUCCACAGAGCACACAGAAAAGAGAGAAAAAAAGCGAUGGUCCAAAAUCAGAAACCGACACCGCCCGGGCUCGCACAGUAACCUGACACUUGUUCACCCCUCUAAAAUAACUCGCGGGGUAUCGCAGGCUUUUCCCACAUGAAGAAGAACCAGAGCCCGGCCAAAGUCAACAUGUCAGACUACCAGAUCUCAGUGCAAGAACUUAACGAGCUGCUGUCAAACGGCAGCGGAUUUUACAGCCUGCCUACACAGCACUACAAUGAGGUAUUUCCCAGGAUUUACGUGGGUAACGCGUUUGUGGCCCAAAACGUGAUGAGGCUUCAGCGGCUGGGGGUGACACACAUCCUGAACGCGGCCGAGGGAAACUCCUUCAUGCACGUCAACACCAGUGCUGAUUUCUACGCUGGUACGGGCAUCACUUACCAUGGCAUGAAGGCCAACGACACGGAGCACUUCAACCUCAGUGCCUUCUUCGAGGAGGGGGCGGAUUUCAUCGACAAAGCCCUGGCUCAGAAAGACGGCCGUGUGUACGUGCACUGCAGAGAGGGUUACAGCCGCUCGCCCACCCUGGUCAUCGCUUACCUCAUGCUGCGCCACAAUAUGGACGUCAAGACGGCUCUCUCCAUGGUCCGGCAGAAACGAGAGAUCGGCCCCAACGACGGCUUCCUCAGACAGCUGUGCCAGCUGAACGAGAAGCUGGCGAAGGAGGGGAAGAUCAAAGGGAAAUGAGUGUCAGUGCAGGCGGGCAAGAGGGGCCUCGCAGAGAGUCCAAUCGGACCGGACCAGCUGACUUCCCUGUUCUCAUCCCCAUCACAGCCUUGCUCACCCGCUGGCCCGGUCAGAUUUGUCUUGGCUCUCUGUCAGGAUCAGCUGGGCGCUGACAGCGAUGGAGAGAAAAGGCCUGUGAACCAGAGUCCAUUUCAGAGCCCUCCCCCCAACCUCUUAUUUCUUUUGAGGGUUUCUUACAAAUCGAGAUACUGUUCCACUGCCAGCUUGUACAAGUCCUUUUCUGCUCAGAGAUUUUCAUUUUUUUAAUUUAUUUAAUUCUUAAUUAGUAUUCGUGAAAUUGUUUAGAGUUGUUUUUUUUUAUUGAGGAUGAAACUGUGAUAUAUUGUUGAUUCUUUUCAUGAUUUCUGGGUCUUUUUUCACUAAUUUGAAUUCCACUAAAAUUCACUCCUUUCGAGGCCUUAAAUAUUUUCUCGUUUUUCCUAAAGAUUUUGAGGUUGGGUGUUUUUUACAUGGUGCAGUUUCCUUUUAUGAUAGGUGAUAUAUAUGAACUAUAUUGUAUUCAAAUUAAAAAGUAUCUUAGAUAACUCCUGAUAAAAUCUUUACCACCGCAGUAUGUUUUUUGAGAGGGUUCACUUUCUUGACAGAGGGAUAAAAACAGAACUGUUGGGGUGUUAGCAAACCACCAAAAAUCAUUUUAAAAGUAUCUUCAUUGCUUAAUUUGUUUAGGAAUAUUCUCUCCUUCCUCAACUCCAACAGCAAAUGUUUUGUCAUUUUGGAAAAAAAAUACUUUACAAAUAUAAAGGAACUACUUAAUAAGA